AACUGUUGCUUAAAAGAUGUCCACCGAUUUAGUAUUAAAUCCACCGACUUUAAACGAAUUGGAAAUAAUCCACAAAGAUUUAGGAAUUGAUCAAGAUAAAAUCCAAUAUAAUUUGGAUUUAUUAAAAAAGUGGUUGGAUAGCGAAAGUUAUUUACCGCAAAAUAUUGAUGACUCAUUAUUAAAGAACUUUCUAAGAGGAUGUAAAGGAAAUUUAGAGAAAACUAAACAAAAACUGGAAAAAUAUUUUGCAGUCAAAACUAAAAUUCCUAAUUUAUUUAUGCAAAAAGCAAUAAUCGAAGAUGAUUUCAUCUUAUAUGAAAUGCAAAAGUGUGUUUUUAUAUCAACAAAUUACACUAUAAGUGGAAACAGGAUAAUAAUUUUUAGAUUACCAACUCAAGAUGUAACUUAUUUUGAUCAUGCAAAAAUUAUAAAAUACGUUCUUUUAAUAAUCGAAUUUCUUUUAUACAAUGAUUUGACAUCAGGAUACGAUUUUAUUUACGACGCUAAUCACGUUACAGGACAAACAAUAAGUAAAUUAAAUCUAACAGGAACAAAACAUAUGUUCAAUUUAUUUUACAAUAUCCUUCCGAUUCGCACCAGAUCUCUUUUUAUGUUAAAUUCUAACAAAUUUUUUGAAAUAGCUAUGGAAUUAGCAAGAACUGUAAUGCCUAAGAAAAUUAAGGAUAGAGUAAAAUAUGGAAAUUUACAAGAUUUAAAGCGUACCUAUCCAAUAAAUUGUCUUCCCAUAGAAUAUGGUGGAACUGAUCGAUGUAUUGAUGAUCUUUCUAAACAAUAUUUACAGUUAUUUAAAAAUGAUCCAGGUUGGAUUGAAAGAAUCGGCAAUGUUAAAAUGAUCGGACAAUUACCAGAACAUAAAAAGAAAUUGUAUUCUUUUGACGAUUUUAAUAUGGAUGGUAGUUUUCGUAAAUUAAAUAUUGAUUAACCAUCGAAUAAAAAUUAUUUUGAAUA